AUGUAAGGGGGGGGAGGCUGGGUAUUGUGCUGACACACUAUGGGAACCAUUGCCAAGAGGUAACCUAAUAAUAGCAAGAGGCUUGUACUGGGACGCAGUGCUGGGAGGACCGUGUACAGAGCUGCUCUCUGCUCCUAGGCCUGUGUUCUCCAACUACCAACCCUACAGCCUGCACCCCAUACAGGCUGCUCAGUGGAACAUCGGAGUGGUUGGGUCGGAUCUUCAAAGGCUCCGGGUGGAAGGAGUUGUUCUACCACAAUAAGCUGAAAAUACAUCAACCUACAGAACAAGAUGGCGAAAAAUCUCAUUAAAAAUGGAUGUGGAGAAGAGGAAUUUGAUUUCUGGGAAAUUGGUGUGAAUGGAGGAGAUGGCUGGAAGGUGGAAGAGGCUCCCGGAGAUUGUGGCGCUUCAUUUCCAGAUGACGGUGUCCAGAAAUAUUUUGCUUCGUCCUUUGAAUGGUGCAGCAAGUCUCAGCUCAUUGAUCUAGUCGCUGAAGGCUUUUCGGAGGAGGUCUUAGACAACGAGCAGCCCAACAUUGUGGUCAGUGACUGGUACUGUGGCCGGACAGACGCGGGCUGUCUGUAUGAACUCUGUGUAGAGCUUCUCUCUGAUACCCGUGAUGCUAUCUCCGAACACAAGAGUGAAACCAUCGCAAUCCCACAAUCCACAGAGAGCAUCUGGAGCGAGGUCACUCACACAUUUUCUGGCUAUGGUCCAGGAGUGCGCUUUGUCAAGUUCAUGCAUGGCGGUCAGGACUCCGUGUUCUGGAAGGGCUGGUUCGGAGUCCGUGUGACCAACAGCAGCGUCAAAGUUGAAGCCUAAGACUCAUCGCUGUGUGACUCCGAAUCGCUGGGAACACACUGUUCUCGUUAGAAACACACUGUCGAGAUAUAAAUAUGUACAGAAUCCAGACUAAUAUUAAAGUAAAUCUCUUUAGACCAGUUUUAAAGCUGAAGUUUAAUUAAAUAAUAUUUUGCCUUCCCUUCA